AUGGAGAAUUAUACUAGAACAACAGUUACUGAAUUCUUUCUUCGCGGAUUCCCCACUCUCCUGGAGAUGCAGAUACUCCUUUUUGCAUUUUUUUUAGUUGCUUACAUCCUCACUGUAUCAGAGAAUGUAAUAAUUAUUGUUAUAAUACAACUGAAUUCCAAACUCAAGAAGCCUAUGUAUUAUUUCCUUAGUAACCUGGCAUGCUUAGAAAUCUUUUAUAUCUCAGUCACUGUUCCCAAUUUGUUAGUUAAUGUUCUUAGGGAGAGUAAGACCAUUUCUUUCAAUGGAUGUAUUACUCAGCUCUAUCUUUUUAUCUCACUUAUGUGCACAGAGUGUGUUCUGCUAGCUGUUAUGGCAUUUGACCGAUAUGUUGCCGUUUGUCAUCCAUUGCGUUAUGCAACUAUCAUGCACUAUAACUUCUGCCUACAGUUAUCAGCACUUUCUUGGAUAGCUGGGUUCUCCAUCAGCCUGAUAAAGAUUUAUUUUAUAUCUAGGUUAUCAUUUUGUGGUCCCAACAUUAUUAAUCAUUUUUUCUGUGACAUUUCUCCAGUUCUGAACCUUGCAUGUAUAGAUAUGUCUGAAGCCGAAAUGGUAGAUUUCAUUUUAGCUCUGGUGAUUCUCCUUGUGCCUCUUCUUGUGACUGUUGUGUCAUAUCUUUAUAUCAUUCAUGCCAUUUUAAAAAUAUCAUCCAUCAAAGGGAAAAAGAAGGCCUUCUCUACCUGUGCUUCCCACCUUACCGUGGUGAUAAUAUUCUUUUCAACAACACUCUUCAUGUAUGCUCGACCCAAAAAGGCUAAGUCUGUGGAUGGAAACAAAUUAAUUUCACUAUUUUAUGCUGUGUUCACACCAAUGAUAAACCCUUUUAUUUACUGUCUUAAAAACAAAGAGGUACGUGCUUCCAUUAAAAAAUACUUUUGUUGUAAGUAA